AUGGCCCAGAGAUCUUCUGUGACCAUCAAGUCGGGGGGCACACGGAACUUCAGUGCCUCCUCUGCCAGCCUCCUCUCGGGAUGCCGGCCGGCCUUCAGCUCCGUCUCUGUAUCCCAGAGUGGGAAAUGCUUUGGAGGCAACUUUGGGGGAGGCUUCGGGACAAGGAGCCUGCACAGCAUGGGCGGUAGCAAAAGAAUCUCUGCCAGUGGGGGCUAUCGCUCCAGCCGGGCCAGCUAUGGGGGUGCUGCCUGUGGGCUGGGCAUGGGUGGUAUGGGGUACAGGAUGGGAGGAGCCUAUGGCGGGUAUGGAAUUGGAGGUGCAAUGGUGCCUGGAGCUGGGGGCAUCCAGGAAGUCACUGUCAACCAGAGUCUCCUGACCCCCCUGCACUUGGAGAUCGACCCAUCUCUCCAGAGGGUGCGCAAGGAGGAGCGGGAGCAGAUCAAGACCCUCAACAACAAGUUCGCCUCUUUCAUCGACAAGGUGCGGUUUCUAGAGCAGCAGAACAAAGUCCUAGAGACCAAAUGGAGCCUCCUGCAAGAGCACAAAACCACCAGGACCAAUCUGGAGCCCAUGUUUGAAGCCUACAUCACCAACCUGAGACGGCAGCUGGACUGCCUGGGAGGAGAGCGGGGCAGGCUGGAGGCAGAGCUGAAGAACAUGCAGGACGUGGUGGAAGACUUCAAGAACAAAUACGAAGAGGAAAUCAAUCGACGCACGGCAGCUGAGAAUGAGUUUGUGGUGCUCAAGAAGGACGUGGAUGCUGCCUACAUGAAUAAAGUAGAGCUGGAGGCCAAGAUGGAUGCCCUGAUGGAUGAGAUUAACUUCCUGAGAGCUUUCUAUGAGGCGGAGUUGGCUCAGCUUCAGGCUCAGAUCUCCGAGACUUCUGUGGUCCUCUCCAUGGACAAUAACCGCAACCUGGACCUGGACAGCAUCAUUGCAGAGGUCAAAUCUCAGUACGAAGACAUUGCCAACCGCAGCCGGGCUGAGGCAGAGUCCUGGUACCAAACCAAGUAUGAGGAGCUGCAGCGAUCUGCUGGCAGGCAUGGGGAUGACCUCCGCACCACUAGGACAGAGAUCUCGGAGCUGAAUCGAGCCAUACAGCGGUUGCGCUCUGAGAUUGAAAACCUGAAGAAGCAGUGUGCCUCACUCCAGGCAGCCAUUGCAGAUGCCGAGCAGCGCGGGGAGCUGGCCCUCAAGGAUGCCAAGAACAAGCUGGCAGAGCUGGAGGAGGCCCUGCAGAAGGCCAAGCAGGACAUGGCGCGGCAGCUCAAAGAAUACCAGGAGCUCAUGAACGUCAAGCUGGCACUGGACAUCGAGAUCGCCACCUACCGCAAGCUGCUGGAGGGCGAGGAGUGCAGACUCACAGGAGAAGGCGUCGGAUCCGUGAACAUCUCUGUGGUCUCUUCCUCCGGGGGCACUGGCUACAGUGGCGGCGGGGGCCUCUGUGUGGGUGGGAGUGGCUACAGUGGUGGCAGUGGCCUCUGCUACAGCGGCGGGAGCAGCGGCUUCAGCUCCACUAGCGGUCGCAGCGUUAGUGGCAGCAGCUCUAGCAUGCGUAUCAUCUCCAAGACAUCAUCCACCAAGAAGAGUUACAGAAGCUAA